AUGGACUGCGAGGGGGGGCCCCCUGCAGACAGCGGGGGGCCCCCCCCAGCUACUGCUGCUGCUGCAUGCACUCCCUUGGGGGCCCCCCUCCGGGCCCCUUCAAGGUACCCCUUAGGGGCCCCCCUGGGGCCCCCCGUGGGGGCUCCUCAGGGGGCCCCCCAAGGGGCCCCCCCGGGGCCCCCCCAGGGGGCCCCCCAAGGGGCCCCCUCAGGAGCGCCCUUGGGGGCCCACCCCAGGGUCCCCCAGGGGGCCCCCCAGCUGGGCCCCCAGGGGGGCCCCCAGGGGGGCCCCCAGGGGGGCCCCCAGCUGGGCCCCCAGGGGGGCCCCCAGGGGGGCCCCCAGGGGGGCCCCCAGCUGGGCCCGCAGCUGGGUCCCCAGGGGGGCCCCCAGGGGGGCCCCCAGGGGGGCCCCCAGGGGGGCCCCCAGGGGAGCCCCCAGGGGGGGCCCCAGGGGGGCCCCCAAGGAGGCCCCCAGGGGGGCCCCCCGGGGGGAGUGGUGGGGGGCCCCCUGGGAGUGAGUGCAGCAGCUUUGAAAGCCAUGGGGGAUUUAUUUGCUGCUUUGAAUGAGCUGCAUGUACACCCGAACGCCCCGGGGUGGAGGCCCCUGGUGAGGCUGGAGGAGGGGGUCAAGGCCUGCAGGGCCUUCCUGCAGGCGCUGCUGCAGGAGCUGCAGCAGCAGGACCUGUGGGGCAGCAGCUGGUGGCAGCUGGAGCUGCUGCCGGCCCUGGUGGCCCUGGACUGCGAGUGGGCUUCUUUCGAAGAAGAAUAUAUUCUGUCUUUAAUUGCAAUUGAAAGAAUGGCGCGGCGGUCUGUUGCUGCAGUGUCUAUACUGGAGCAGCAGCUGGGGUGUCUGGACACCGCGGUGGCGGCGCUGGUGCAGCUGGGCGCCGCCCCACACGCCGGGAUCGCCGGGAUCGGGAUCGACUGUGGGGCCCCACACUCGAUCCCGAUCCCGAUCCCGAUCCCGACUCCCCGCCCCCUCUGGCAGCAGUGGCGCGCAUGCAGGCAGCUGUACGUACACCGCGUCGCCCGCCUCUUCGCCGCAGCAACGAAAAGCCUCAAAGCCCCCAAAGCGCUUUCUUUGCCAGUUCUGGAAGCAGCAGAAAGUGUCAUUAAAGCUGCAGAGUCUGAGCCGGGCCACCUUUACUCCGCUAUUGAGCACUUGGCCGCAGACUGCGUCACCAGCUUCAACGAAUUCAGAGGGCAUAUAAUGGAGCUGAGCCAGUCUCCAGAACGCGUAGACCCCCACUUGGGAAACAACAAAAUGCAGAAAAAUCCAUAUAUGCCUCCCGGGGGGCCCCCCAGGGGGCCCCUCCCAUCAGGGGGGCCCCGCAGGGGCCCCUCCCACCCGCAGGGCCCAAACGCGCUUCCGGAGGCCCCCCUGGGGCCCCCGGAACAGGAGACAUCUCUUGGGGCCCCGCAGGGGGGCCCCCAGGGAGGCCCCCAGGGGGGCCCCCACGGGGGGCCCCAGGGGGGGGCCCCUCCAGGGGCCCCCGACUGGCUUUGUCCCCCCGGGGGGGCCCCGCGGGGCGACUCGAGCUACCCCGCAGGAGAGGGGGGCCCCAAAGGAGGAGGGGGGGGGCCCCCAGGGGGAGAGGGGGGCCCCCAUGGAGGGGGGGGCCCCCUUUUGGGUUCAGGGGGGCCCCUAGGGGGCGAAAGAAGAAGAGGGUCAAAUGGGUCUUUUGAAGGGGAGGGUACAGAGACCCUGGAGCACCGGCUGGUGAAUUGUGAUGUUGGGGCUUUUUUGGCGGUGCCCCGUCUGGUAUGUCUCUACUACCUUCUAGACCCUCUUCACCGAGUGCACAUUUUCAAACCCUUUUUGCCUUCUCUUUUCGAAGAAGAGGGGGCCCCCCGGGGGCCCCCCUCGGACCCGGGGGCCCCCCGGGGGCCCCCCUCAGACCCGGGGGCCCCCGGGGAAGGGGACACUGCAGAUGACAGCAGCCCCUCCUCCACUCCUUUGUCUCCCUCAUCUCCAGAAGAGGCCCUGCAAGAGGGGGGCCCCCCUGCUGCCUUGCUGGGGCAUGUGGGGCCCCAGGGGCCCCCGGGGGGCCCCCCAGGGGGCCCCCAAGGGGGGGCCCCCCCCGGGGCCCCGUCGCGGGGGGCCCCCCAGGGGGCCCCCCGGGAAGCUCGCGUCGACCCUUUUCUUGCUGCUGCUGCAGCAGGAAAAGCAGCAAGACCGCAGCAGCAGCCCCCCCAAGACAGCGGGAUAGGGGGGCCCCCCACAGGGGCCCCCCGGGAGGGCCCCAGCGCUGACUGGGGAGAUAAAAGACAAAUGGGGGCCCCCCGGAGGGGCCCCGGGGGCCCCCUGUGGGGCCCCGAGGAGGGCUGUGGGGCCCUGCGGACCAGCAGCUCGACUCAGGCGGAGACAGAAGUUCUGGAGACAGCAGAAACCCCACAGUCUCUUUUUCUUUCUUUUGCUUCCACUCUUCAGAGCAGCAGCAGCAGCAGCAGCAGCAGCAGCAACCCCACAGAUCUCUCGCCAGACCCCGCGCCCCCUGCUGCUGCAGCUGCGACCCAGGGGGGCCCCCUGGGGGCCCCUCGGGGGGCCCCUCCGGGGGCCCCCCCGAGGGGCCGGGGAGAGCGGGGGGCCCCCUGCAGCGGCGAGGGGGCCCCCUGGCCCGAGGGGGGGGCCCCCCGGGGGUGGGGUUGUUGUGAUUUGGCAGCAAAGAAAGUGCCGCGGGCUUUGAGGGGAAUGGUAAAGAGUUGGAAGAAAGUGCAAAGAUGGGCAGCAGCAGAGGGGCCCCUGCUGCAGCCGCAGCUGUGGCUGCUGCUGGUGGCCAGACUGGCAGGCACAGGGGCCUUCGAGCUGCUGCUGCAGUCUGCAGCGCCCCCCAAAGGUUUGGGGCUGGGGGGCGCAGGCGCCUUCGAGCUGCUGCUGCAGUCUGCAGCGCCCCCCAAAGGUUUGGGGCUGGGGGGCGCAGGCGCCUUCGAGCUGCUGCUGCAGUCUGCAGCGCCCCCCAAAGGGUGCGGCGGUUUGCGUCACCUGGAGAGCCUCUUUCAAGCUGUGGAGUCUGUCUCCAUGGCCAUUCAAAGGUCUUGUGCUGCAGAGUGGAAUGAGUUUUUGCAGGUUAUAAUUACCAGCGUCACCCGCCGGCUGCAGUCGCUGCAGCAGCGCAGCAGCAGCAGCAGCAGCAGCAGCAGCAGCAGCGCAGCAGCAGCGCAGCAGCAGCAGCAGCACAGCAGCAGCAGCAGCAGCGCCGCCGCAGCGCAGCACACGCAAAGCAGCCGCCGCCACGACGGGACCACUUCGCACACGCCGCGCACCACUGAAUCAGACACCUCUAAAAAAUAG